GAUCCCCGAUCUGUGGGAUGCAAUCAUUAGCGGCGGCAUCACUUACAACGGCGGCGGCGUCCUCGGCCCGGACUCACGCACCAGCAGAGGCAAAAUUGCUUCAGCAGUGUUUUUAUGUAGUUGAUGAUGAUUGGGUAACCUAUGAGAUAUGGCUCCACCAAUUAAGACGCCCGACAAAUCCCUUGUUCAGAGAUAAAAAUUUACCUCUUAAUGAAAGGGUACUCUCUUCACUGUCCAGGAGAACUGUUGCUGCUCAUCCUUGGCAUGAUCUAGAGAUAGAUUAUGUGCGUUGCUACCUUGAUCAGUACACGUCUUUGAACUGCUUUCCUAUAUGUUAUACGAGGGGCUGGGAGAGGCCUGAAUUUGAACAAGGAUAUGACAGCUUGACGGUGGCUGGGUGUUGGUGGAAGCUGGAAAAUCCCGAUGGUGCUGUGAUUGCUAAUAAGGUAACAUGCUAUGGAAGCAAAGGAUUGAAAAACAAGCUUCUCAAGGAGGGAGACGGGUGGGAGAAUUUUAAAUGUAGAGAUGAAGUUGAAGGGUUUAUCAUUAAUUUCAUUAUCCACACUUCCAUGGAUAGGACUCAAUUUCAUUCUAGCCUCACACCUCUCAAAUUUAACUUGGGUCAAGGUACACUUAAAGGCUGCAACAACAUGAGAAGUUGGUGGGAAUGGAUCGACCACUGGACUCGCUUAUUCUAUGUACCUCCUUUC